AUGCUAAAAACACGAUGCAACCUAAACACGUUUCCUGUGGGGUUUCUCAGCGUCGAUGAGGAAACGUUGUAUGGGAAAUGGGACUGCGAUGAGGUAACCUCUCUGGGAAGGUCCAGCAUGGGCAUUGGAAGUGAUCAUUUGGUUCCGAGUGGUGACACUGGCAGGAUCUACCCUAAUAGCAUCCAUAUAAAUACCAUUUUUGGACUCAUUUUGAACUUAUCAUGCACCACUGCCACUGAAACCUUUCAGGAAACAGGAGGAGAAAUGGAUGGAGCAGUGUACAUCGAGCUGGAAGUAACUUUUAGCGUUUUACUUUCAACCCAUGAACGUGGUGCAUGCGUCAAGGAGAACGCAAACAACCGGUCUGAGAUGACUGAGGCCGCUCCUCGCGAUGUACAGGAUAAUGAGAAGGAUAAAACAGACCUAGCCACACCUGCAGAUUUUACGGAUCGAAUGAUGGAAAUGUCAUCCGACCCUUCGGUCGACGAAUUUAUCUAUGCGGAAUGGAACGAUGAAUGUAUUGAAAAGCAUUUCCCUGUUGCCUAUGCCACAGUUGCUCGCUAUAUACCUAAUGUGUCGGAGAUGCCUGGAAAAUUCUGGAUUCUCUACCGUCGUCUCCUCCGGAUUUUAGCAAAAAUAGUUGCGAAUCUAAAAUGGAAGGUUGAAAAUUCCAAAGGGCCAGUCCGGGAGAAAGAAGUCUAUGGCUAUUUUUGGUCUACAGCCUUGACUCUAGACCGCCACCGCUCCUGCAAAAAUGAGGAUGAUAUCGCAAGUGCAACCGGGUUGGGAACGAGCGGUGACGAAGUGGAGUGGGCAGAGGAAAUUUGCGAAGGAUGA